UGUUCAUCGACUUUUGUCCCUCUCGCCGAGCACUCUUUCUUUAUUGCAUCUACACCUUUUCCCUUUUUCUGUGGAACUCACUUCAAUUCAAGGCAGCCCAGCCCGUAUAACUAAAAGCGUGCGUGCUACUUCUCGAAUUUUCCAAGCAUAGAAUCUUGACCUUGUGAGGCACGGUGGGAGAUGGGCGGAUCUGGAGCAGCAAGCUUCCUCAAACUGGUGGCCAAGAAUUUCGACGUUCUUGCUGGGCCUGUGGUUAGUCUGGUAUAUCCUCUAUAUGCGUCAAUUAGAGCAAUUGAGACGAAGUCGCCUGUCGAUGAUCAGCAAUGGCUUACUUAUUGGGUUCUUUACUCAAUGAUUACCCUUUUUGAGCUUACCUUUGCAAAGCUUAUUGAAUGGUUACCUUUCUGGUCAUAUGUGAAGCUUAUUUUCACCUGCUGGUUGGUCAUACCUUACUUCAGUGGAGCUGCAUAUGUCUAUGAGCACUACGUUAGGCCUUACCUUGUAACACGGCAGAAGACUGUUAACAUCUGGUAUGUCCCAGGGAAGAAGGACAUUUUCAGCAAGCCCGACGACGUUCUUACUGCAGCUGAAAAGUAUAUCGAGGAACAUGGGCCUGAAGCAUUUGAGAAGAUGAUUCACAGAUCUAGAGAAACUACCACCAGGAGUAGCAAUUACACUUUCUACAAUGACGACUACAGAUACGAGGAUGACUACAGGUACUGAUCACAGUCGAGUGUAAUCUCUUUUGUUCUCUCCUUUUCCCUUGGUUCGACAGGGAGGUCUUGACCUGCUUUUGUAAAGAGGACCCAGAAACCUUAUGCCUUUAUUGUACAAUACGUUCGACCCUGACUCUGUGUUUUGGAGAUACUGGUGUUCUAUAAUGUAAUUACCUGGUUAUUGGUGCUGGAAAGACUUUCUUUUUUAUGCUUGGCAUCGUUUUGUUUGA